AUGGCUGAUAAAGCCUCCCUCGGAUUCUCCGACGGGAACACCUUCCCCACGAGGUUAGAUGCGCCUGUGAUGGAUCAAACUCUUUCGCAAGCCGAAAUGUUAGGUAUCAUACAGGGACAGGCCUCGGGACUAGAGAAGCAGAAGGCUGAGGUAAAUGCUCUCGGUGACCAGGUUGCCAAACUCAACGCCUUGAUGUUGAACUCCCCAGUUCACUCGGCGGAGGACCAAGCAAUCAAAGUCACCGAGUAG